GGGGGGAUCGGCGCUGGGGGGCUAUGGAGACGGUUUUAAGGUGCUGAAUCUUACUUCUCCUGGAUGGAGCAAGGGAAGAAGGUGCAACUGCAGGACCUGGGAGAGAGCCAAGAACCGACAGAGCUUAAACCAGGCUUGGAUGCAGCAAGAGAGGAAGCUCUAGAGCAGAAAACGGUGGAAGAAGUUGAGGCGGAAGAAGCUGUGCCUGGCUCUGCGAGCUCUGUUUGUCCCCAGGUGGCGUUAGAGAAGAAGGAUGCCAGGAGGGGCGUCUGCCUCAGCAGCACCCCGUCCAUUCUGCUGUCCUGAGUGUGGCAAAGCGUUUGCCCAGAGCUCCAACCUGGUGAAGCAUCAGCGCAUCCAUACUGGGGAGCGCCCGUUCCGGUGCCCGGAAUGCGGCCGUGGCUUUAGCUGGAGCUCGUCGCUGGCCGAGCACCUCAAGGCCCACGGAGGCUGCCGCCCUCAUGCGUGUGGGGAGUGCGGGAAGCGUUUCGCCCGCGGCUCGACGCUGGCUGAGCAUCAGCGGGUGCACACAGGCGAGAAGCCCUUCCGGUGCCACCAGUGCGGGGCCCGAUUCUCACAGAGCUCCACCCUCGCGCACCACUUGCGCACACACUCUGGCGAGCGCCCCCACGCCUGCCCCGACUGUGGGAAGUGCUUUGGGCGUAAGUCCACCCUCGUCACGCACUGGCGGAUUCACACAGGCGAGAAGCCCUACCUCUGCAGGGAAUGCGGGCGCUGCUUUGGUGUCAGCUCUGACCUGGCCAAGCAUGUGCGCAAGCACUGCGCAAGCGGCAGCAGCUGGGGAGAGACCCAGUCCCCUGCCGCCCUUCCGGAGGCCGAGCAGGACACCCGGCCCACGGAAGACGCUCCCCUCUCCAAGGCAGCUGGCCAGCCGCAGGAUCUCCCUGACGGGGAGCAAGAGAAAGCCCAUGCGUGCCUGGAGUGUGGGGAGAGCUUCAGGGAACCUUCGGUGCUCACCGCACAUCAAAGCAUGCACCUGAGUGCAGUUGCUAACUGCUGCCACCCAUGUGGCAAAGUCUUCUCUGGCCAGUCAGAACUAGAGGCCCAUGCGGCAAGUCAUGACACGGAGGAGAAGCCGCUCAAAUGCUCCAGCUGCUCCGCGUGCUUUCCUGAGAGCUCUGGCCUGAAGGCGCAUCAGGGGGUGCCCUGUGGGGAUGCGUCCCGUGGGGGCUGCCAGUGCGAAGAGAACUGCCCCAGCGGCUCCGGCUUGGAGCAGUGCCAGAGGGCUCACAGUGCGGAGGAGGAGGAGGAGGAGCUCUUUAAAUGUCUGGAGUGUGGGGUCUGCCUUGCGGAAGCUGCUGCCCUGGCUGCGCACCAGAGGAUGCACUGCCGCGGGAAAUCCUGUGGCUGCCCUCAGGGCGGGAAAACAUUUCUUGACCGCAACGAGCUGGCAGUGCACCAGGUGAGUCCUGGCAAAGGAGAGGAGGAGAAGCCGCACGUGUGCCCCGUCUGUGCCGCUUGCUUCCCCGAGAGCGUGGACCUCGUGGCGCAUAAGAUGAGCCACACGGCAGAGGAAGCCUCGCAUGGCUGCAGCCCGUGUGGGGGAACAUUCCCGAGCAACUCGGAGCUGCUGAGGCACCGACUGAGCCCCCCCCACGGAGGCUGCUGCGGACAAACCAUACUCGUGCGCAGCCUGUGGCAAGACCUUCGCCCUCUUUGCCACGCUGGCAGCGCAUGA